CAUUAAAUCAGACGAAGAAGAAUCCUAGCAAAACGAGGAAUAACGGCCUGACGCAGUUAGUUGUUGUUUGUAUGAGUUCGCGUUACAUACGCUGCGAAGUAAUGGUUAACUGUCACGGACUUUGUAUGCUCGGGGCCAGAGUUUCCAUGCUGUCAUUCAAGGUCGGUGCUUUGGUUGCAGGUAGCAGAUAGAGGCGUUCCUAGCCGCUCUGCUAGCUCGGUUUGUGGUAUUUUGUUUGAGAGGAAUGCAACGGCCGCCGAGCUGCACUUCUGUCUAGCUUCCUGGAUAAUGAACUCCGCUUUUUAUGACUAAAUAGAGUUAACCCCUGUUUGCUAACUGAUAUAAAUUAUUUUAAAAUAUGGCGAAUUUUGUAAAGACGUUUGUGCAGAUAUGUAAUUAUCUUCAGGACCCAGAACUUGUAGCAAGGUUUCAACAUUUCUGCGGCGUUGAAGGAACAUUUCCGGAUGCACCGAAAGCACCGGAGAGCGGGGUGUCUGAGCCGGACCGUCCUGGGCUGAGGAAGCGGGUCCAGCAAGGUGCACAGAGCUCAGAUGCAGGUGUUGGAAAUGGAGCAGCUGGAGAUGGUCCCACGCCGCAAGUUAACGGGAUGCUGGGAGACGACACCACCGGGCCCGAUAGCUCAUCAGCAGCAGCAGCAGACUCAGAAACCACUAUAGCAAAACCCCUCCGGAGGAACUCACUGACCGGAGAUACUGGUCAGGAGUUCCUGAUCCACAACAAGUUUCUGUUCUACCUGUUCACGUUUGGCACUGAGCUGGGCAACGAGAUGUUCUUCAUCAUCUUCUUCCCCUUCGUCUUAUGGAACAUCGACGCCCUGGUCAGCCGGAGACUCAUCGUGGUCUGGGCCUGGAACCUGUUCGUGGGACAGUCCACCAAGGACAUGAUCCGCUGGUCCCGACCGGCCUCUCCUCCUGUGGUAAAGGUGGAGGUCUUCUACAAUUCCGAGUACAGCAUGCCAUCCACGCACGCCAUGACGGGCACGGCCCUGCCUUUCUGUCUCUUCAUGCUGACCUACGGACGGUGGCAGUAUCCUUUCCUCUUGGGCUUCUGUGUGGCUCUCAGCUGGAGUGUCCUGGUCUGUGUAAGCCGAGUCUACAUGGGGAUGCACUCCGUUCUGGAGGUAAUCACUGGCUUCCUGUACACCCUCCUUAUUCUCGCCUUUUUCCAACCAAUUCUGGGAAAGAUUGACAACUACUACAUGAUGGGCAGCUACGCUCCACUUAUGAUUGUCAUAUCACAUGUGGGCUUCGGACUUGUGGCUUUCUCUCUGGAUUCGUGGAGCACCUCUCGGGGCGAUACAGCUCAAGCUCUGGGCACUGGGGCAGGAGCUGCUUUAGCUUCCCACGUGAACUAUCAGCUGGGCCUCCAGCUGGAUCCUCCACUGUCAUCGCUUCCUCUAACAUUGCCAUCACUCAGCGUUAGCUUGGUGUUGCGCUCCAUGCUACGCUUCUUCAUCGGAGUCGCCGUACUCCUCGUCACGAGGAUGAUUAUGAAAGCAGUGACUAUUCCUUUCUUAUGCCGACUAUUUGGGCUGCCCAUGGACGAUGUAAGACGGGCGAGACAGCAAAUGAAAGUGGAGCUGCCGUAUCGUUACAUCGUCUACAGUGUUGUGGGUUUUAGUUGUGCGUGCUUUGUGCCUCUCCUCUUUAAGAUCUUAGGUCUUGCCUAACUGUUGUGUGCAAACUGCCAUGUCCUGUUGAUAUGGUGAACAUGCUGCUUGUUUUGACACAAGGGAAGGCUCUGUUUCUGCAUGAUUAAGGGCAUUUUAAAGGAUAAGUCCUAUGGUAUUAUGUGUUUCCAUUAUCGUUAAAUCCCAUCAAAAGACUAGAAUCAGUAAUGAAUCGAUUGACAGUGCGGUGUGUAUCCAGCCAGAGGGGUGUACUACAAAGUCAUAUUAAUGGUUUAAAGUGCUGUGUCGAGCAGCUGAAAGUUUCAGAGGGCUCACUCGGCACUAAAAUGAUUAACUUGAAUUAAAAUGUUUAUUUUAUGGCUCUGGGAUAAAUCCCAAGAUUAAUCAUUUUCUGCAGCAUUAAUCUCUUGUCAUUUAUGUUAUCUUCAUGCAUCACCAAUUUAUCAUCUGAUAACAUCUCUGAUCGACUAGGCAACAGACACAGGGAACCUUUUGUGCAGAAGAAGAAGAGUCACGUGACCUGUGAAAUGCCCUCUUUGUUAGCACUCAGAAAACCUUGCCUAACAGAGAACGAUAAGAACCACUGUUGUCAUAUCUGUUAUCUCCAAUUGUGGUUUUAGGUUUUGUUGAGCCAGCAGA